AAACAAAAAAAUUAUCAAGCAAGUGUUGACUUGUUAAUUUCUUUUGUCUCUUUGUUUAUAAAAGAUAUUAUACCAUCCAUUAUACCCGAGAACAAAAGAUGUCGACUGACAAGCUUAAUUUUAGCAUCAAAAUGUUCUUAAAAUUAUUUACAGUCUUAAAUUUAAAAAAUCAAACAUCUUAUUUUUAAAUUAAUUUCUAAUUUUGAAACUUAAACAACCAAAUGUAACAUUUUUAUUCUUAUUCUACGUGAAACUUCUGCAGAGUGAGAAUUUGCAGAAAUCCGGUGUUCAAAAAACUCGCAGGAUCUUAAGAUGGAAGUCGCGAUCCGAUCGAUUCGCAUUUGCAUUAGACGGACCCGUAAAAAAGGUCCGAGAGAAUCGCUUAAAAUUCAACGGGCGUGUUAGCGAAAGUCUCGCGUUUUCUCGCAAAGUCAUCGACGUGUCAAACGCAGUCAAACGACCGUCUUAAGCAAAUAUGUAAACAUGAUCUCACGAACAUGGCCGUUAAAAUAUUCCCACAUAUUUGCGUUUAUUGCGGAAUGUACCUUUUUUUUCCGAGAACUUUUGUACGCGGCAUUAUUUCAAUUUCCAUGCUUUCGUGUGCUCCCCUUUCACUCGUUAUCGCGACAAAUAGAGAUUUUACUUUCCACUUUUCACAUAAUUUCCAAAAAAAAGGUACCGAACUUUAAACAUCCUUUUGAUACAUCCUUAAAACCUAAAAAUUGUGUUCCGGCAAGAGGUUCUCUGCAAAUUAGAGAAUCUCUUAGAGAAUAUUUUCAAGAACUUACGUCAUCUUCGCAAGAACUUAUGUCUCUUUCAAAAUCUAGCCUUUUAUCAGGCUACAUGAUGUAUAUGAUGAUAUGAUGAUACAGAAUGAUAUUUAUUUAGGCGUGAAGUGUUUCCGCUUCCGUUUUCUAAAAAGUCUAACUAUGUAGUCUGGGAUACUAAAACAUAGUAGCUAAUAAGCUCGAUUGUAUAGCCAGUUUAAAAUCAGCUUCUCGCAUACAAGUGAAAAUCGAAAGCAGACGUCCGAAUGAUUGUGUUUUAGAAAAUAUAUCGCGAGGCGAGCGAAGAAGAGCUCGGAGAACCAUGUCAAAUUCAAAUCAUGACGCUGCAGCGUUCCGAGAUUUUUAAACCUCCUCCGUGGCUGCUGCAGUAACCGUUCCAUUCAUUUUAUUUUUAGGGGUACGAUCGAAAUGUCAUCGCGCGAAAUGUCAUUCCGCACUUUCAUAUCGCAUGGCAAAUGGCGGGAAAGCUUUUUUCUUCUCUAAUACGAGAAACGUCUCCUCGGUAAAAUUCCGUAAUUUUCGGAGAAAAGAUUUCUUCCGCGCCGAAGAGGCAUCACUUUGGAGCAUCACUUGAAAUAUUAUUGGAAACGUCCGAAAGCACGACUCUCUUGUUUCUGGAAAAGGAGGAGGAAGGAACGAGGGAAUCCACGAAACGCGCCGCGGCGUCGAGGUCUGUCGCUCGAAAACAUGGCUCGCCGGGUGGUAAAAGUACUGACACGAUAUGUGUCCUCAUUGUGUAUAUAUAGGGGUGCCUGCCAAGAAGGCACUGUAGUUCUCCAUAGGACGUCUGCAAGACAGCAUCGCAGUGAAGACCUGUUCUCUUGACGUUUCUUCCGCGGAGACAUUUAAAUCUUAGGAAAAAGAUAGGACCGGGAAGAAAAACAUUCGGCUGACCGUGCCAGAGUAAAAGAAGAAAAAUGAUAGCACUCGUGCUUCUUGCUGCUUUGGUGACGUUGUCCUCCGCUCAAUUCCAAGCACAACCCACCGGUCGGCUUCUGGAACCACCGAUUCCAGCACUUUGUGCGAACAGAAUUAUCCAUCAACGAUACAAUGGCAAAGGCUAUUACUUCUCAUGGGUUGACCAGGUGACAGCUAGACAAGAGGUGGAUUGGUUGUCGGGUAGAAACUUCUGCCGGCAACGUUGUAUGGACCUAGUUUCGCUGGAAACCUCCGCCGAGAACGAGUUCAUCAAGAACCAGAUCAAAAAAGAUAACGUGAAAUAUAUCUGGACCUCCGGUCGCCUUUGUGACUUUAAAGGCUGCGAUCGGCCGGAUCUGCAGCCCAUUCACAUCAACGGCUGGUUUUGGACCGCCGAGUUGCAGAAACUCGCACCAACCACCAACCGUAGUCAAAACGACUGGUCUGAGAGCGGCGGCAUUAAUCGGCCGCAACCCGAUAAUCGUGAGGCUCUCCAGGGCGGCGCUCCAGAAAAUUGCCUCGCGGUCCUCAAUCAAUUUUACAAUGACGGAGUAAACUGGCACGACGUGGCGUGUCAUCACAAGAAACCAUGGGUCUGCGAGGACAACGAGUCUCUCCUGAGAUACGUUCGCUAUAACAAUCCCAAUCUCCGUGUAUAAUGGAGAAAAAAAUUCAAGGAGUAACAGCUUACUUGUUGGAACAAGCAUAAGCACCUAUCACGUUACAACGUUCACAAGCGCAUCUUUGCGACACGCCAACGAAGUGACUGAGUAGUACAUAGUACAUCUUAUUUAUUACUACUGUAAUAUUUAAUACCUCCAUACUCUCAUUUGUUUCAAAAAAUUAAUGGACUAUUUAAUCGAAAUUUUACGCAUUUAACUUCAAGAAAUGUCACUAUUUAUCACUUUUAGAUGUAAUCAUGGAAACUUAUAUUAGUACAAGACUGUAGAGUUUCUUCAGGAUUUCUAGAUUAGUUUAGGAAAAGUUUAUAAAAACUUUUAUAUGUAUAUUUUCCUACAAUAUUAUACUGAAAAUAUAUAUUGAGAUAGCAAUAAAUUUAUGAAUAAUGAAUAA